GACUCUCCUCACGAACCUUCCACUGUCCUCGCUGGGCAAAGGCAUCAUGAGCUGUCGGAUUUCAAGCAGAUCUCGAGGAAGAGGAGGAGGAGGAGGUGGAGGAUUCCGGGGCUUCAGCAGCAGCUCAGCUGUGGGCUCUGGUGGGAGCCGGAGAUCCACCAGCAGCUUCUCCUGCUUGAGCCGCCAUGGCGGUGGCGGAAGGGGCGUCGGUGGAGGCGGCUUUGGCAGCCGGAGUCUUGUUGGCCUUGGCGGAACCAGGAGCAUCUCCAUUAGUGUGGCUGGAGGAGGCGGAAGCUUUGGCUCUGGUGGUGGAUUUGGUGGCAGAGGAGGUGGCUUCGGAGGUGGCAGUGGCUUCGGAGGUGGCAUUGGCUUUGGAGGUGGCAGUGGCUUCGGAGGUGGCAUCGGCUUUGGAGGUGGCGGUUUUGGAGGCGGCGGCUUUGGUGGAGGCCGCUUUGGAGGUGGCAGCGGCUUUGGCGGUUUUGGGGGUCCCGGUGGCUUCGGGCCUGGUGGAUUCCCUGGUGGUGGCAUCCACGAAGUGUCCAUCAACCAGAGCCUCCUGCAGCCUCUCAACGUGGGCGUGGACCCAGAGAUCCAGAACGUGAAGGCCCAGGAGCGGGAGCAGAUCAAAACUCUCAACAACAAGUUUGCCUCCUUCAUUGACAAGGUGCGGUUCCUGGAGCAGCAGAACCAGGUGCUGCAGACCAAGUGGGAGCUGCUGCAGCAGGUCCAUGUGGGCACCCGCACCUCCAACCUGGAGCCCAUCUUCCAGGCGUUCAUCGCCCAGCUGAAGAGACAGGUGGACACGCUCUGUGCAGAAAGAACGUCCCAGGACUCAGAGCUGAACAGCAUGCAGGAUCUCGUGGAGGAUUUUAAGAAGAAGUAUGAGGAUGAAAUCAACAGGCGCACGGCUGCUGAGAAUGAUUUUGUGACGCUUAAAAAGGACGUGGACAAUGCCUACAAGAUCAAGGUGGAUCUGCAGGCCAAGGUGGACGUGCUGACCCAGGAGCUUGAGUUCCUGCGAAUCCUCUAUGAUGCGGAGCUGUCCCAGAUGCAACAGAGUAUCAGCGACACAUCCGUGGUCCUGUCCAUGGACAACAGUCGGCACCUGGACCUGAACAGCAUCAUUGCCGAGGUCCGCGCCCAGUACGAGGAGAUCGCCCAGAAGAGCAAGGCGGAGGCUGAGGCCCUGUACCAGAGCAAGUAUGAAGAGCUCCAGAUCACUGCUGGCAGCCAUGGGGACAGUUUGAAAAGUACAAAGAUGGAGAUUUCUGAGCUGAAUCGGGUGAUCCAGAGACUUAGAUCUGAAAUUGACAGCGUCAAGAAGCAGAUCGCUGCGCUGCAGCAGUCCAUCAGCGAAGCUGAGCAGCGUGGGGAGAACGCCCUCAAAGACGCCCAGAACAAGCUGAACGAGCUGGAGGCCGCCCUGCAGAGGGCCAAGGAGGACCUGGCCCGGCUGCUGCGUGACUACCAGGAGCUGAUGAGCACCAAGCUGGCCCUGGAUGUGGAGAUUGCCACCUACAGGACCCUCCUGGAAGGAGAGGAGGGCAGGAUGUCUGGAGAGUGCGCCCCGAACGUGAGCGUGUCUGUGAGCACCAGCCACACGAGCAUCAGUGGAGGAGGAGUCCGAGGAGGCGGCGGUUUCAGCUCUGGCGGCGGAGGGAGCUACAUGUCCGGAGGGGGCAGUUACAGCUCUGGAGGUGGUGGUGGUGGCUUCGGCUCCGGAGGCAGCAGUAGGGGCCACAGAGGCGGCUCUGGAGGCGGCAGCGGCAGCUAUGGCGUCAGGAUUUCUGGUGGCGGCGGCUCUGGAGGCAGCUUCAGCUCGUCAGGAGGCCGGGGAGUCAGCUCUGGGGGCAGCAAGUCCUCUGGUGGCAGUUCCAGCGUGAAAUUUGUUUCCAGCAGCUACUCCCAAGGGAGCAGAUAAAGAGGUGCUGUCUUUCCUGUUAGCUCUCCCUCCCAUCACUACCUUAAUGCUUGGCGAGGUCGAGGUCAACUGCCACAGCCUUAGUGGAGAGCUGAGCUAUGGUCAGUUCCACUGGUUCCUCCCAGCUCCCCCGCUCUCUCCUUUCUCCUCUGCUUCCCAAAGAAGGUUUCAGAUCAGAGGCAAUCCCAGUCCCCGGCUAUGACCCUGCCUUGUGCUUUGCCUGCGAGACAGCUCAGCCAUCCCACGACACACAUUCCAUUUCAAAGCAUCUCCUUCAGUCAGCCAGAGCCGGGCUGGUGAGACCCACAGCUUCUUGCUGCGUGGAGACACGCUCUGGACAGCUCGUUGGGGUCCCGUGUCUUGCAGCAAGCUCUGUGCUGCUUUGGUUUUGUAUAGAAGGUGUAAGCAAGUUGAUUGUCUCUUGUGAAGAGGUCUUAACUCCCCUUUUCCUCGUGUUGCUGCAAUAAACUGCAUUUGAAAUUCUC